GCUGCGGAGCCUGUUUGUCUGCCACUCGCUCACUUUCAUUCUAUCCCUUUUCAACCAGUCAUUCCUUUCCCUUGCCUUCCAUUUGAAUAGACGUGCACACUUUCCUUAGCUUUGAUAGCAAACAAAACCCCUCCUUGAACAUCAUCAGCCUCUGAAUACUCACCUGCGUGCCUCAGUCUUGAAGGAUAGCUCAAACGCAGCUAGCUACCACUCAGGGUCAGAACACCUACGAACUACAUCCCCAGAGUGUCCCCGUUAUAGGAGAACCGAGUAAUACUUUUUAUUUUUAUUCUUGUACACAACAGCACACAACCCGUCGAUAUGGUCUCUUUACGUUUGUCAGGUAUUGGCCUUGCGUUGCUUGCCGUAUUGCAACUUAGCUCUGCUCAGCCACAUGGUAUGUUAUUGCGGAUUUGAGUGAAUCGCAUUUAAGCUCGGACUAAUUACUUUUGUAGGAGGGCGCCAUGCCAGAAGGUUCGCAGCUCCUGCCGAGGUUGGGACCGCUGCCACAGGGUCCAAUGGAGGAAUCGUCUACUCUCCCUACAAUUCGGAUGGCACCUGCAAGGACGGGGCCUCAUUUGACUCUGAUACUUCCAAACUUGCGUCCUUCUCCUUCCUCCGUCUCUACGGCACCGACUGCAACCAGGUUCCCAAUGGUCUGAGUGCUGCAAAGAAGUAUGGCUUUAAGCUCUUUCUCGGUAUCCAUGACAUUGCCAAUUGUGAGAGUGAGAUCUCCAAACUUAUCACCAUGGUUGGACCCGAUUGGAACCAUGUCCAUACCGUCGCCAUUGGUAAUGAAGUUGUCAAUUCCGGUCUGAUGGGUCCUGGCGAUGUCGUAACUAAAGUCAGCACCGCUCGUGAUCUUUUGAAAGCCGGUGGAUACACUGGGCCGGUUGUUGCUCCUGACACUUUCGUUGCCAUCAUGAACAACCCGGUUCUUUGUGGUGCUUCCGACUAUGUUGCUGCCAACUGUCAUCCCUUCUUUGAUGGAAAGGUUGACGCUUCUGCCUCGGGUGACUUCUUGAAGACUCAGUCCGAGAAUGUCAGUAAAGCCUGUGGUGGAAAGAAGGUCCUGAUAACUGGUGCGUUUAGAUUUAACCUGUUUUCCGGGGAAAGGUUGAUUGCUAACAAACACCAGAGACCGGCUGGCCCCAUCAGGGUGGUUCUAACGGUGCUGCUGUUCCUUCUGUUGAAAAUCAAGCUGCUGCCCUUUCCUCCAUUAAGAGCGCCAUGGGGCCCAACGUUAUCUACUUCACUGCUCAGGAUGACCUCUGGAAGAAGGAUAACCCCGCUACCUUCAAUGCCGAAAAGGUUUGUCCCUUGUCUUAUUUACAAACACUGUUUGCUAACUUGACUUCUAGUAUUGGGGUAUCCAAAAAUUUGACUUCUAGGGGCUGCAGCUAGCUUCCUUUCUGUUUGGGGUAUAGCGGUUUUGUGGCGCGGUACGUGUGUGAAAUUCCGGGGGUAUUAGUGACGAGUCCUGGCUUUGGGGUCUCAUCAAUGUUGCUUUUGCAAAAGUUGGAUUUUCCCAUUUGGCAUCCACGGUAUAUGGAUAUUGGGAGUUGAUUAGAUUGGUUGUAAAUUUGUUGUUCCUCUUUCCCAAUUUUUCCUGUAUAUACCUCCACCGUGUGGGUCAGAAAUUGGAAAGUUUUCUAGACUGAAUUUAAUUUAAUUGGCUUUAUCGUGAAGUAUAGUUUUUCUGAUUACCGUGUUGCAACACUGCUAAGCAGGAUGGUUUCAACGAUACUAAUAGUUUCAGGAUACGGAUGUCGCUGUAGGACUAGUAGAGUCUUGGCGUUGAAGGUGUGGCCGAUAGCCUGUUCUCGGCCUGAACUUCCACCUCCUCUCUGGUUGGCUUGAUUGAUUUUCAGAAUACCGAAUGGGAUGGCUGAGACAGGUUAGGGGGAACGUAGUUGUGGACUGACACUGGGGAGGUUAGUGAAUGAUCAUUCUUUUGGAUUGGGAGGAUUGCUGAAGCGCGCACCGUUGAAGGUUGGGGAAUGCUCGCUUGAGCGGGGUCAUGUGAGCUCGUGGAGGUGGAUUUCAACAGUUUCUCUUGACCAUGAGAAAGCGAUGAAUAGGGGGGGACUCAAGGGUGGAGGUUCCCACUACUUGGUUAUGGUUGAUGGAUGUUUGAUGACGGGCAAUGAUUCUAGUGAAAUGUUGGGGAUCAUAAAGAAUCACUCGGCAAGAUCCGAGGAUGAAGUGAUGAGACGAGAGGAGAAUGCAGGGAAAGAAAGGGAUGGCCGACAUGUCUCUAAGGAUGACGGGAAUCCGGGAAAAGGUAAAUGCUCACAUACCACUCUAUACACAACAUGUAGGUGCGCCAUCUUCCCGGAGUACCUCCCCUUCCUCCCUCCUGGAAUGUGCCCACCCCCCCCCCCCCUCCAUUCCACACCCAGCGUGGAUAAAAUAAAGGCGUAUCGCGUUAUAAUAUUAUAUACCGAUACGCCCUCAGCCAUCCCACUUUCCCCCUUAUAUCAGCCACCCACGACCCCACUACCCCGCCACGGCUUUACCUCCCUAGCGCAAGGCUACGAGCUAACUUAAUCCCGCGAUGCUCCCUCACUUCCCCCACCAGUACUUGUCGCACUUGCGCUCCUUCAAACCACCACCCUACCUCGCGCGGAAGGACAUAGCGUAGCCAAAAUGAGAUACCUUUUCUUACCAUCGUUAUUAUCAUUAUCAUUAUCGUUAUUAUCCCUGCUGUCACAGUUCGCAUCAUCACAAUACACACCCGCCAGCGCGCUCCUAUCGGCGGACUCCUCGACACUCUACCUCUUCUUGCCGUCGCCGCAAACCGCAGAGUUCAAGUUCGUCUCGCUGAACGUGAGCGACCGGGUAUCCACCAGGAAUAUGUCUAAUGCAUUCAGGGACUUGCCGGCCCCUCCGCCACCCCCAAAGAGCCCAGGAUCCGGGCAGAUCUCCAUGACACCUUUGCUCUUCAGCGACAAGGGGGCGGGGAAGAACAAUGUCAUGAUAUUAUUGACGGGGUCUUGCGAUUCCGAUCUGGGGCUCUACGAGUACAACUUUUCGGAUAGCUCGGGCGUUUGGCGGAGCCGGGAUGUGAAAUCGGGCAUGGAGGUUGCGCCAAGAGGGAGGAACCACGCUGCGGGCUUUUCCUACCAAGUUUCCGCCACCAGCGCGGUCGCUCCGGCGCCGACAUUCAUAAAUGGGGCUGCGCCGAGCGACGAGGACUCGCACGAGUACGAGCAGGGGAACGCCGUCGCGACCAAUAUUCAUCGGAAGGCGUACCUUUUCGGCGGGUCGUGUCCUGGCGGGCCGUGUCUGGGCGGUGAGGCCGGUCCGGUGUAUACUAAUUCCAUGCUGGAGUUCGAGUUCCCCGCCAUCCGCGAGUUCUCGUACAUCGAGGGGAAUCGAAAGGGGCUUCCGGAAUCCACAUCCGGGCCCGAUUCCAUUACCCCCGUCGCCCUGGUGGAGCGUGGGAGUGGGGAUAACAGUUAUGAUUGGCCGAUCCCCGAAUCGGGCUUCUCGUUCACCACCAUUUCCAAGGGGGACAGUAUGACGGCUGUCAUGAUUGGGGGACACACCGGGAGGGCGUUUGUGGAUGUGCGCCAGGUGGCCGUAUAUCUCGUUCCCGAGGGCCGUUGGAGAUUUGCCGACGUAAGCCUGCCCAAGUCCUUGCCACCCAAGCUACCGACUAGUUUGACAAAACUGGGUAACGUGCCGGAACCCACACCGGGAGCUAUGAAGGAGGAUCCAUCCAUCAUUGUGGAACCACGGGAGGAAGGAUUUACCAGACGGAUCGAUUCACGCGCGGGGCAUACCGCCGUUGCGACCCGGGAUGGGAAGCGAGUGAUUGUCUAUGGGGGGUGGGUUGGCGAUGUCAAUACCCCGGCAGAGCCUAGAUUGAUUGUGCUGGAUAUGUCCGGCGAAAUCGGUAGGGGUGGGUGGAAGUGGGAGGUUCCGUAUAUCUUUGGAGGAGAACUUGGGCCUCCCGGGGACGGUCAUCAGGAUGGGCUGGCGGGACACGCUGCGGUGAUGCUUGAUGGGGAUGUCAUGAUGAUUACCAGUGGGUACAAGAUCUCUCCAUUCGAAGCCGGGAAAGCACCGCAGAUCAGCGAGGGCACUUAUCUGUUCAACGUCACCUCGAAUACCUGGACGUCCACAUACAACCCCCCAAAGGUCGCCGCCCUAGUAGUAGGAGGAGAGAAGGGGGGAAAGGAACGCAAAGACAGUAAAACGACCAUUGUCCUCGGAGCCUUGCUCGGCCUUCUCUCGGUAAUCGCGGGAGUGGCACUAUUUUUCUGGUGCCGCCGCAGGAACAAGAACUCGGACGAGGAGGAUCCCGUGAGGAGGAACACCCGGGAAACCGAGGGGAGGCGAACCUUCGGCUUCUACUCGAAAGAAGGCUCGAACGCCUCGGCGGACAGCAUAGGCAUCGUGGAGAAAUCAUACGCCGCCCGCAUGCUCGGUCUGAGCCACCAACCCUCCUGCUCCCUCUCAAGCUCCAUGACCCCAAAUGGUGCCAGUUCCUCCCAAUCCUCAACGUCAACCUCCUCCUCCCCACCGCAGCUCUCCCGCCAGAUGCAAGUCUGCCGCGGGGCCGCCGCGCCAGCGCGCGUAUCCACCAUCCUCGAAAGCGAUGAGGAGAGCAUUCACAGGCACAGCAGCGCGGGAGUAACGAAUGGCUCGACGGACCUCGCAGAGAUGUACAACCGCUCCCUGGCGUUCGCCGAGAAAAUGGCCCAGCAGGAUACCAUCUACGAGCGCACGCGGGAGAGCUCCCGUAGCGGAACACCGACCUCGGAUGAGUGGAUGCCCGACGUUUCCGCCUUUCCGAAACCCCCACCACCAGCAGCACCGGUACCCGUGCUGGGUGGGAGACCAAGACUCGUCGCGGCGACGCUUUCCUCGGAAAGCCUAAAAAAAUCCUUUCCAAAGGCCCCGCUCCGGAUCCCAUACGCUCGCGGUUACCCGCCCGGCCGCGCCCGAGCGAUCGCUCCACCUUUCCACGCGUCAAGGGUGCGGACGCUAACGAAGCGGGCACUCUUCUUCCCCUCGCCGCCCAGGCCGGCAAUCGCCCAGCGGAGCAUCUCCCUAGACGCCACGACGACCGCGGGUAGCAGCACUAUAUCAACUAUCACUCCCUCGCCCUCGACCCUCUCCUCCUCCAACCCAUCCUUCACACCUUUCUCUAACAUCCCCCCCUCCCCCUCCCCGCCCAAACCGAGGGGUAUGAAAGUGACAGCGGUGCGCAACGCCCUACCGCCGAUUAAGCCCUCAUCCCCGCUGUCGCUGUUUGCUAGCACCUCAUUCAGGAGCGUUUCGAACAUCGCUUCCUUGGGAAGGGACGACGUGAGCGGGGGGGAAGUGGGGGGAGGAAGGAGGAAGGAGGAAGGAGUAGGCCGGUCUCUGUACCGAUCAUGCUAGCCCGCGGGAACGAUGAAUGGGAUGUUGGAAGCGGCGGUAGGCGCCGGACGGGUCGUGCAGAUCAUGUUUACAGCACCGAAGGGCACGGUGAGGAUAGUCAACUACGAUGACCCUAUGGGGAUGUAA